AUGACCUCGAACCCUCCUCAGUCGGGACAAGCACAGAGCACCGCGACCUCCGCUUCGACCCAGCCCGCAACCCCUGCGUCCACCCAGGCGCCCAAGUCCUACGCCAACGCAACGAAGAAGUCCGCGACGGAUUCAUCCGCCGCUCCAGCCACCGUGGGCGGUUCCGCGCAACAUGGGAAGUCGACUUCCGUCUCUCCUGUGAACGGCAAACCCAUGCAAAACCAACAGGCUUCGGGCGUGACCAUUGUCAAUGGCGCCCCGACUGCUCCGGCUUCCCAGGGCGAUCACUCUCGCAAGCCCUCUGUGACCAUCUCAUCCGCCGGUACCUCCGGAUACAUGCCCAACGGCGCCGCUAGUCGUCCCAACAGCCUUCAGUUCGGAUUCGCAAACCAGCAGAGCUCCCCCAACAUGGGCGCUCCCGCCGUGCCUGCAUCCAACCCGGCCCAGGCUGGCCUGAGUGCUCCCUCUGCGAACCCUCGUGUGACCUCUCCUCAGACUUCGCCAUCUCCCAUUCCCCAGCCUGCAUCCAGCGGAGGCCGUCCUCCCCCAUCGACAUACCAGGCGCAAGGAAACGUACCUAAUUUCGGUAGCUUUGGAGAAUCGGGCGAUGCCAACACAUCCCUCGCUCACGGUCCCCAACACCUGCGUCGCGAGUCGUCUCAAUCCACCCACAGCGAUAUGAGCAACAUGGGCAACGCCCCUGGACGCUCUGGCUAUCCCCACCAAGGCGGCCGCGGUCGUGGAUACUCCCAGUCUGGCUACCAGGGACCACAGAUUCCCUACUCGCCUAACCCCGGUUUCCGCCAGACUCCCAAUCAGCCUCGCGGCGGUCCUAACAUGGGCCCUCAGUUCCAUGGCCCCAACCAAGGUCGCCCUAUGGGUUAUCCCAACUCACCGCACCAAGCCAACCGCAGCCCUGCCCUGGCCAACGUCAACCCUACCACUCCCCAAAUGAACCAGGUCCCCAUGGCCCAUGGCCAGAUGCCUCCCGGCGCCUACGGUUACGGCCAACACAUUGGCCCUCAAGCUGUGAGACCCCCUUCUUAUUCUGCUUUCAAUUCCUCCCAACCUCCCGCCCGGCGUGGCAAUCACCAAAAAAAGAAACAAAACAAACCCUUCACCCCGGAUUUCCCCGUGGAUCUUGCACCAGAAAGCGGCCAGUUUGAACAGAUUCUAACAAUGAUGAAGACUUACCCAGGCUCGUACGACCCCAACUUUUACUAUAGCCAGGGAUUCUACAUGCCCCCAUCGCCGCAACCUCGUCCCGGCAUGCCCUUCAACCCUCAAGCACAGUUCCCGAACCCGAUGGGCUCCCAAUUCCCUGGGGGUCCCCAGGCGCCUGCUCUCUCGCGUGAGCCAUCUAUGUCUACUGACCGUCCAGGAUCGAGUCUCAGCGGCCACAACUCGGCACCCACCGGUCCCGCUGCUUCUGGCCACUCCCAUAACGCCAGCCGUACCUCGAACAGCCCCGCUCCCAAGCCUCACUUCAUUAUUCCCGCCAAGAAGAGCCCCAUUGUCAUUAAAGACCCUGGCAGUGGUGUUGUCAAGACCUUCGAAAAGAACCCUGCAUCCCCCGCACGUGCCACUCCUUCUCCUGUGAAAUUCACUCCCCCUCCCACAGCUACUCCUCCCCCGCGAACUGCCAGCGCCACUGAGCACAACCGUUCCGACAGCAAGGCCAACGCCGCCAAGACCGAUGAGGAGAAGAAGCAGGAGUUGAAGAAUGCCGUUCGUCUGAAGAUCCAGCAGGAUGAGGCUGAUCAGAAGCGUCUGGCCGACGAGGCUGCCCGCAAGACCACCGAAGCCGAGUCCAAGCCCAAGAAGGAGGACGAGACCGAGGCUGUUCGCGCCGCCGUCGAGGACCUCAGCAUCAAGGACAAGGCUGCUCCUGAAGAGCCCAAGGAGACCCCCGCUCCUACCUCUGCCCCUGCCCCUGUUCCCGCUCCCGCCGAUGACGACGAAAUCGACUUCGAUGCUAUUGAGCGCGAGAUGGCUGAAAUCGAGGCCAAGGAGCGUGCUGCUGAGGAAGAAUACUACCGUGCCAAGCAGGCCAAGAAGGACGAAGCUGAGCGCAAGGAGCGUGAAGAGCGUGAGAACUACGAGGCUAACAUGAAGAAGGCUGAGGCUGAGGCCGAGGCUCGUGAGAUUGCCCGUGAAAACGCUCGCGCCCAGGGAGAAAGCGAAUCUGGUGACAAGGACGCGUUCGCAUCGCUCAAGAAGGGUGGAUAUGGUGCUACCGAGUCAUCCACUCCUGCCGACAGCGGUGCUGUCACCCCUGUCUCUGACAUGGGUCCCCCGGCUAAGCCUACCGGUGCUAAGAAGCCUGCUGGUCUCAAGCUUGAUACCCCAAAGCCCACUGAGCCCCUGCAGCCCACCCCUGGUAUGAAGUCUCUGCAGAACGCCAAGUUCCUGGAUGACCUCAGCAAGGUUACCUACCCUCCAUCCAUUACUCCUCCAAACCCUGCUCUGAAUGCUGCUUCUCCCGCUGGCCGUCGCUUCCACUACGACCGGGACUUCUUGAUUCAGUUCCAGGCUAUCUUCAAGGACAAGAUCUCCGUCGACUGGGACUUGCGCAUUCGUGAAACAGUCGGUGACAAUGAUGCCUCUUCCCGGCCUCAGUCCGCUCGCACUCCCAGCAUGGGCGGUAGCCGUGCUAACUCGCGCGGCGGCCUUGGUAACUUCCCUAUGGGUACCUUCGGAACUGUCCCCAGACCUGGUGGUAUGCCCCCCAUGGGCGGCUCCGGAAUGGGUGGCCGCGGAUCAUCAAACUUCGGUCCCUUCCCUGGCUCUCGUCCUGGCCUCAACGGCCCCGGAAGCAUUCGCACUGGCAGUGGUGUGCCUCCUCGUGGUAGCAACAACAGCAAGGGUCCUCGCCAAGGCAGCAAGGCCGGCCCCAAGCACGGUGGCAAGAGUGAACACGAACAGAACAAGACCAUGCCUCUUACCGCUGGUAUGGACCUCAAGGCCAUCACUACUUCCGCGUCCGGUUGGAAGCCUCGCAGUGUCGGACAGUCUGCUGCUGGUCCUGCCCCUGGUGGCGAGGGCUACUUGGCUCCCGACGUUGUGCAGCGUAAGGUCAAGGCUGCUCUCAACAAGAUGACCCCCGAGAAGUUCGAUCGUAUCGCCGGCCAGAUCCUCGAAAUUGUUUCACAGUCCAAGGACGAGUCUGAUGGCCGCACUUUGCGCCAGGUCAUUCAGCUCACCUUCGAGAAGGCUACUGACGAGGCCCACUGGGCCCCGAUGUACGCCAAGUUCUGUAAGAGCAUGCUCGAGAGUAUGAGCGCCGAGAUCAAGGAUGAGAACAUUCGCGACAAGGCCGGCAACGUCGUUGCUGGUGGCAGUCUCUUCCGCAAGUACCUGCUCAACCGUUGUCAAGAGGAGUUCGAGCGUGGUUGGAAGAUCAACCUGCCCCCCAAGCCCGAGGGUGUUACUGAGGAGAUUGCUAUGAUGUCUGACGAGUACUACGUGGCCGCUGCCGCCAAGCGUCGUGGUCUUGGUCUCGUCAAGUUCAUUGGUGAGCUUUACAAGCUCGGCAUGUUGACAGAGCGUAUUAUGCACGAGUGUGUUAAGAAGCUUGUCGACUACGAAGGUAUUCCCGAUGAGGCGGAGGUUGAGAGUUUGACCAGUCUGCUCCGCACCAUUGGUGCCAGUCUCGAUGCUUCCGAGAAGGGCCCAGCCAUGAUGGAUGCUUACUUUGCUCGCAUCAACCUCAUGGUUGAGACUCCUAACCUGCCCAGCCGUCUCAGAUUCAUGCUACUGGAUAUCAUUGAUCUCCGUGCUGCGCGCUGGAACUCCAAGGAGGCUGACAAGGGUCCCCAGACCAUUCAAGAGAUUCGCGAGGCUGCUGCCCGUGCCGCUCAAGCCGCCGAAGCUGAGCGCCAGCGCCAGAACAGCAACCGUGGAGGUGGUGGCCGCAUGCAAAUGGGCCGUGGUGAUGCCCGCGGCUUCAGCUACAACAACCAAGCCCCUCCCCCCGACUACGCUUCCAGCAAGGUCGGCAGCGAUGAUCUCCGCCGUCUGCGCGCGACUCGCAACACCAACCAGCCAAUGUCAUUCGGUCCGUCUAGCCUGCUAGCAGGAGGCUCGCGCACCAACAGCGGCCGCAAGAACCUGGGUCCCGGAGGCAAUCUGGUUCGCGGCAGCGACGACAGCGCCGCCAGCAGCCGCACUGGCACUCCUCCUGCCGGCAAGAAGGAAGACAAGGACACCGCGUCUAUGAACGCUUUCAGCGCUCUCGCCGCUCUCGAAGACCGGGAUAACAUGGCGACCUCGCCGCCGUCAAACCCCACCUCUCCCAUGCUCACCAAGUCGCAGCCCGCGGCCGCUGAGCGUCGCCCCUCAAAAACCCCGUCAAAGGAUGGCGAGUCCGCAGCAUAG